AUGAGACAAAGAAGAAUUGCCCAAGAGACAAAAAACAUAUUAACAAAUCCACCUUCUGGGAUUAAAGUAACUAUUGAUGAAAAUAACUUAGAUUAUUGGAAAGCAAUUAUUGAUGGACCACCAGACACUCCAUAUGAAGGAGGUAAAUUUGCAUUAGAUGUCUUUCUUCCAGAGAAUUAUCCAUACAACCCACCAAUAAUCAAAUUUGCUACUAAGGUUUAUCACCCUAAUAUUUCAUUUUUUGGAAAGAUUUGUUUGGAUACAUUAAAACCUCAAGGAUGGGUAUGUGCAAUGCAAAUCUCAUCUGUUUUACAAACAAUCCAACAAUUAUUAGCUAAUCCCAAUUUAGAAGACCCAUUGAAUUUAGAAGUUAAUAAUUUAUGGUUGUCUAAUCCUGCACAAGCCAAAAGUAAUGCUCGUGAUUAUACACAAAAAUAUGCACAUGCCCAAUAA